AUGGAUACACUUGCUACUUUCCUUCCAAAAUUUCCUUUAAAUUUCAAUGCCAAAUCUUCUUCACCGCAAAAAAAAGCUAAACUCAAAGUUUCAUUAGUUAGCAUUGAAGAAAAACAUGAAACAUCAAUCACCACAAACACUUCCUCUGCAAGAACAACAUUGCACAAGUUGGUAGAACUAACUAAAAAGCGCAGCCCGGAAAAACCCUCCAACCAAGAACAAGAACAAGUAGAUAAGAAAACAAAGCGAUCAUUACUUGAAAACAUCUUCAAGGCUUUUGAUGUUUUCAUAUCUGCUUUCCUCGACUUGCCUCUUCGCCCCUCCCUCGAUCCAAAACGUGUUCUCUCAGGAAACUUUGCACCGGUAGACGAGCUUCCACCGACUCCAUGCGAGGUGGUGGAAGGAGCCCUUCCAAGUUGCCUAGAUGGUGCAUACAUACGCAAUGGCCCCAACCCUCAGUUUGUUCCUCGUGGCCCUUACCAUCUCUUUGAUGGAGAUGGGAUGCUUCACUUGAUUAGAAUCUCGCAAGGCAAAGCGACGUUGUGUAGUCGCUAUGUGAAGACAUAUAAAUACAUAGUGGAGCACGAUAAUGGUUCCCCCAUUUUCCCUAGUGUCUUCUCCUCCUUCAACGGCUUCCCUGCUUCCAUGGCGCGUUGGGGGCUAACCAUAGCGCGAGUGCUAGCUGGACAGUUCAGUCCUUUGAUCAAUGGCUUUGGCUUAGCAAACAAAAGCGUAACUCUUUUUGGAGGAUGCAUCUUUGCUCUAGGCGAAUCCGAUCUUCCCUAUGCGAUAAAGUUAACACCCAAUGGAGAUAUAAUCACUCUAGGCCGCCAUGCCUUUGACAGUAAGCCAUUCUUGAAUAUGACAGCACAUCCCAAAAUUGAACCAAACACCGGUGAAACCUUUGCUUUUGGGUACGACAUAUUCCCUCCGUUCUUAAACUAUUUCAUAAUCAACAACGAAGGAAUGAAACAAGAGGACAUUCCUAUCCACUCCUUGACACAUUCAUCAUUUAUCCAUGAUUUUGCUGUCACAAAAAACUAUGCUAUAUUUCCUGAUAUACAAAUUGUGAUUCACCCUAUGGAUAUCUUCAGAGGAAGAUCACCAGUCGGAGUCGAUCCAGCCAAAAUCCCAAGGCUCGGGAUCAUCCCUCGAUAUGCAAAGGAUGAAACAGACAUGUUUUGGAUUGAAGUGCCUGGAUUCAACAUGCUACAUGCAGUUAAUGCAUGGGAAAAAGAUGACGGGGAAGAAAUAGUCAUUGUGGCUUCUAACAUAUUGUCUGUUGAGCAUGCAUUGGAUUGCAUGGAUUUGAUCCAUUUAUCACUGGAAAAAAUUGAAAUCAAAGUGAAGGAAAAGAAGGUAUUGAGGCAACCUGUUUCAGCCCAAAGUCUUGAUUUUGGAGUGAUCAAUCCAGCUUAUAUUGGAAAGAACAUGUAUGUCUAUGCAGCAGUGACAGCUCCAAUGCCUAAGAUAGCAGGAGUGGUAAAGCUAGACCUUUCACUACUCGAGUUGAACCACGGCAGCAAUUGCAUGGUGGCUAGCCGAUUAUAUGGCCAGGGUUGCUAUGGAGGCGAACCAUUCUUUGUAUCAAGGGAGCCCAAUAAUCCAGAAGCCGAGGAGGACGAUAGUUAUUUAGUGACCUACGUACACAACGAGAACACUGAAGAAUCUAGAUUCUUGGUUAUGAAUGCCAAGUCCCCCGACCUUGAAAUUGUGGCGAAUGUUAAGCUCCCCGGAAGGGUGCCUUAUGGAUUUCACGGAUUCUUCGUGACCGAAAGUGACCUCAUGAACAAACUGUGGAAGUUCUCCUAA